CCCAUCGGCCGGCCUCUCCAUCCGCCAGUGAGCCAAGCUGGAGGAGCAACCAAGCACCACGGGGACCCCACGGCAACAGCGGCAGAUGGGGGGCGUUCUGGGCCUCAUGGACGCCUUUAUGGCCCGAAUCAAGGUCAAUGAGCGCGUGCACCUGGCCUGGUGCUGCGCUGGAGUCAUCGGGUGUCUGGUGGCUUACGGCGUCCUGCAGGAGCACAUCAUGCAGGGCACCUUUGGCGGCGAGACAUUCACCUUCUCCCUGUUCCUGGUGCUCUGCAACCGGCUGACCACCAUGUGUGUGGCGCUGAGCAUGCUGCUGAUGUACGGCCAGGACCUGCGCCCCGUGGCGCCCCCUUACAACUACGCCGCCGUGUCUGUGUCCAACGUGGUGGCCACCUUCUGCCAGUACGAGGCACUGAAGCACGUCAGCUUCCCCAUGCAGACGCUGGGUAAGUGCGCCAAGAUGAUCCCCGUGAUGAUCUGGGGCACAAUCAUCAUGCGCAAGAAGUAUGGCCCCAAGGACUACCUCAACGCCCUGCUCAUCACCCUGGGCUGCACCCUCUUCCUCAUGACGGGCUCCGUCAAGAGCAAGCACGCGGGCGCCGACUCCUCCAUCUUUGGCAUGGGCCUCAUGCUGGGGUACCUGGGCUUUGACGGCUUCACCUCCACCUUCCAGGACAAGCUGUUCAAGGGCUACCAGAUGACCAUCUACAACCAAAUCCUGUAUGUGACCUCCUUCUCCGCCUGCUUCUCCCUGCUCGGUCUCAUCACCGCCGGCCAGUUCAUGCCCGCCAUCAGCUUCAUCACGCGCCACCCCGAGGCGCUGGCCUCCAUCAUGGCGCUGUCUGGCGCCGCCACCAUCGGCCAGCUGUUCAUCAGCCACACCAUCAAGACCUUUGGCGCCCUGCUGUUUGCCACCGUGAUGACCACCCGCCAGUUCAUCUCCAUCCUCCUCUCCUGCAUCCUGUUUGCCCACCCCCUCAGCGGCGGGCAGUGGGUCGGCACCGUCAUGGUCUUUGGCGCUCUGUACUACAAGAGCCUCAGCCGGGGCCCCCCCAAGCCCAAGGCGGUUGAUGGGGCCCCAAACGGUGAGGCAGCAGCCGCAGACGAGAAGCUCCCUCUGGUGCACGCCACUGUGGGCGCGCCGGAGGCUGCUGCUGCCGUACCCGAGGAGACGCUCAAGUGAGCCUGAAGUGGCUGGGACGUGAGCUGUGAUCAGGCACAUGCCACGCUUCCCUGACCCCGCCGCGGCCCUCGGCUGGCUGGCCGACGGCACCCGCGCCCGGCCUCCCCUUUUUGAAUGGGAGCGGCGGGGCAGGGCUUGCCUGCUCGGCGGCCCAUGUGCCGAGCAGUUUGUCGAUAUCGCGCUUCCCCACAACUCUCAGUUUAUGCUAUGCAACCGCACGUGGCGGCGGCAUUCCCACGGUGCUUGCUCGCGGUUUGGUUGGUCGCGCUUGAGCAGGUGUCUGGAAUGCUGGAUGUAAGAAUAGUGCAAC